UCCUUCCUCGAUCUCUCCCUCCCUCCCUCCGCUCCCAAUCAUGGCUACCGCCACCGCCGCCUCCCGCCUCGCGGUGGCCGGCGCUGAACCCGCUCGCGCCCGGCGCCACCGCCCGACGACGGUGGCAGUCUGCGGGGGCGCGAGGCCGAGGUCGCGCCCCGCGGCCGUCGUUGCCGCCGCCGGCGCCGCCGCUCCCUCUCCGGCCACCGGCGGCGUCGCGCCGGUUCCGCCAAGCCCCAGGGGCUCGAUUAUAAAGCGUCAUACACUAUCAGUUUUUGUUGGAGAUGAAAGUGGGAUGAUUAAUCGAAUUGCUGGAGUUUUUGCUAGAAGAGGAUACAACAUUGAGUCAUUGGCAGUUGGGCUGAACAAGGACAAGGCAUUAUUUACAAUAGUAGUAUCUGGAACUGAGAAAAUACUGAAACAGGUUGUAGAGCAACUAAACAAACUUGUUAAUGUUAUACAGGUUGACGAUCUGUCGAAGGAACCACAAGUUGAAAGAGAGCUAAUGCUUAUAAAACUAAAUGUUGAGCCAGAUAAGCGACCGGAGGUGAUGGGUUUGGUUGACAUCUUCAGAGCAAAGGUGGUUGACCUUUCUGACCACACACUAACUAUUGAGGUAACUGGAGAUCCUGGAAAAAUUGUUGCUGUACAGAGGAACCUAAGCAAAUUUGGAAUCAAAGAAAUUGCCAGAACUGGCAAGAUAGCUUUGCGGCGUGAGAAAAUGGGAGAAAGUGCUCCUUUUUGGCGGUUCUCUGCAGCUUCCUAUCCUGAUCUUGAAGUGGCAAUGCCAUCAAAAUCUCAUGUCAACACUGCGAUGAAAACAGCUAACCAGAAUUCUGAAGAAUCUUCACAAGGUGAUGUCUAUCCAGUGGAGUCAUAUGAAAACUUCACAACAAAUCAAAUUCUUGAUGCUCAUUGGGGUGUCAUGGCUGACGGUGAUCCAACAGGGCUUUGUUCACAUUCUUUGUCCAUUUUGGUGAAUGAUUUCCCUGGAGUUCUCAAUGUUGUAACAGGUGUUUUCUCCCGAAGAGGCUACAAUAUUCAGAGUCUGGCUGUUGGCCCAGCUGAAAAAGAAGGCACUUCUCGGAUCACUACUGUUGUCCCUGGAACUGAUGAGUCUAUUGCCAAGCUAGUACACCAACUGUAUAAGCUCAUUGAUGUUUAUGAGGUCCAGGAUCUUACUCAUUUACCAUUUGCUGCUAGAGAGUUAAUGAUCAUAAAGAUUGCUGUAAACACCACAGCCCGCAGGGCUAUCCUAGAUAUUGCUGAUAUUUUCCGGGCCAAAACUGUGGAUGUAUCAGAUCACACCGUAACUCUUCAGCUUACUGGAGACCUUGAUAAAAUGGUCGCAUUACAAAGGAUGCUCGAGCCCUAUGGCAUUUGUGAGGUUGCACGAACUGGCAGGGUUGCGUUGCGCCGUGAGUCAGGAGUCGAUUCCAAAUACCUCCGUGGGUUUUCCCUUCCUCUGUAGUUUGUUUGUCAGUUGGCAAAGAGGUCAUCCCCAUCUUGUCAUUUCGAUUCAAUUUUGUUCUCUUCUGUUAGAAUCACAAUCUUGAAGUGAUAGAAUCAUUCGAAAGCAAUACAAUAAGAAAAUAGUGGUCACAGUUUGUGUCAGUUGUAUUAGAAAAGAUUCAAUAAAAGUAUUUGAGUUGGCUCAAAAUUGUUGUAUCUGACCAUUAAAGCUGUUUAUUUUUCUAGUUCUUAUAUUGCAUA